UUUGACAAUACAUCAGCAAGAGUAUCUAAACUUGGAAGUCCUGGCAAUUCAAUGUCCCUUGAUUUCUGAUUGUAUACGAUUUACAAAGAGGAUAAGACAUCGCGGCGCAGUCGAAGAUGUAUUCUGACAGCGAUGAGGAGAGUGUUGAAGUUGAUGACGACGAAUACUCUGAAAUUUACGAAAAAUUCGUCCUUCAGCAUCGACUUGAACAGGCCGCAGAAGAACAGAAAUUUCGAAAAGAUAGGGAGAAUUUUCAGAACGCUCAAGAAAACCUUCUCCGUCAAGUGCGUAUCAGCGAAGAUGGAUUAUGCAGAGCGACAGGAACCCUGUAUGGUAAUCAACGUUACAGUGACGUCACCCUGGUCUUAGGAACACGAAGGUUCCACGCCCACCGCCUUGUUCUCUGUGCAUGGAGCGAUGUGUUCAAGACAAUGUUUUGUAAUUCAUCUUGGCAACCGAAUGUUGACGAGUUUCGCACUGACAAAAAUGGACAGCCGCGCCCAAAAUGUCAGGAUCUCGUCGAGGAAGAAUAUUGCGAAGAACACUUUGGGGAUUUUAUCAAGUUUCUUUACACAGCAUCUGCAAACCUGACAAAAGACAAUGUCCUGCCUUUGGCUCUCCUCGCCGACAAGUACUUGGUGAAAGAGCUUAGAGAGCUAUGUGAUGAAUUUAUCCGGGAAAUCCAAAACGAUGUCUCGGAAGUUGUCAACUUCAUUCAUUCGGCGGCGGUAUUUGGAAUGUCAGAAACGGUAGAACUAUGCCUCAAAGGUCUGCGAUGCAACUUUAGCGUUCUGACAUCAGAUCAACUCCUAAGUCUAGAAAGCGGGCACCUUAGAAGUCUUCUCGACAGUGGGCCAAACUUGAUGGUUGAUGAUGAGUACACUCUCUACAAGAAGAUUGAGCCUUGGUUAGACCAGUGUCAAAGCGGAGAAACAUUGCUCAGUAUCAUGAAGCUCAUUCGGUUCCCCUAUAUGAAUGCCCUACAACUAAGGAAAGUCAGAGAGACUCCCUCGUUCUGCCGAGCACAGGUAAUGAUGCCAGAAUUACUCCGAGAAUCUUGGCAGCACCAGGCAUUGUAUAACGAGGAAAAUCAUGAGGAUCUUCCAGAAAACUUUCCAUGGCCCAGACUGUACCUGGAUUCAAACGAUGCGUCCAGCUUCGAUGGGUACUCGAGCGAUCAACCAAACAAAGCGGCAAUUGAAGUACGGAUUGGUGGUGGGCUUACACGUGAAAAAUUCGUUUCUUGGAAUGGCAAGCGGAUAGGACAACAUCAAAUCUUCAAAAAGGAAUCUUUUACGCUUUUCAUUAACAUCACCCGGAUUCCAUACUCACCAAGAAGAGUAAAUGUUGAAAUUGGAGCUGAUGUGAACUCAAGUAAAAGAGUUCAUUUGGGAGUACGUGCAGAUGACUGUGAUGGAGGCGACUCUUUCUUGUUUUCGAAAUGUCUUCCUCCAGUGCAAGCAGCUGGUGUCCAACCAUCACAUUACCAUUCGGCAUACUCCUACUCAUACUCAAGCGCGUCUAUAAGAAACACACAAUUCAUACUUCCUAACUCGACUUCUCAAUCUGCGACAUGGAGAUUCUACGUUACAGCUGUUAUUGAGGAUGCGAUUACCCCAUAGUCCGUGCUUUGGGUUUUUUCUUGAAUUUGUUGGUUUUUUCAAUAUCCCCCAAUUUAGAUAUUUUUUAUGGACAAGUUGAAGAGACUCUAGCUUUGCAUUAUUUUUUUUACAAGAGAUAUCGAUAGAAAGUAGUUAAAGUUAUGUAUUUUCAAUAUUCAAUCAAGGAUAUCAGAAUAACGUCACCUUGUGCUCAUAAUACGGUUUCAAUCAAAUCUAUUCAGUUGACACUCGCACUAAAAAUUAGAAUGUAAAUAUUUUCAGCGAGUAUUCUCGCUAACUCUUCAUUGUAAGUCAGGAAUAUAAUAUGUAAGGGAUCAGUGAUUCCUAUUUAAAUUCUAGCUAAUACCUACAUUUAUCUGAAUGUCGUGAAAUAAAUGAUUUGGAACUUUUUUUUCUGAUUAAGCUUCUUUAAGUAAUUCCAUUUUUAUCGAUUGGCAAAUAUUUCUUUAGUAGCAAGAAAGCAGAAGAUUACUAAUGGAUACUGAUAAUAAGUACAUGUUCGUCACUUUCUCACAUACCCUGUUUGUGUCCUCACUAUAGAAGUUGUUGGAAGGAUAGUAGCAUUUACCAUUGUCAGGAAAUCUUGUCGAGAAUCCCACAUCAUUUGCCGUGCUUAUUACUCUAAAUUCCUUACAUGGGUCAUUAUGAAAUUCCGAAAUUCAAACUCUUGAUAUGGAUUGGCAAGAAUAACCAGUAAGUGGUGAGAAUAAGGUGCCCGUCGAAAAAGUGUCCACAAAUUGUGACACAAUUAACCCUAAUCCCAAUUAUGUUUCAUAAUAUACCAAAUGAAUACAAUUUCUUAAGAAUUGUAAAUGUCUCUUUAAUACUUAAAAAUAUGGUAUAUAGCAUUUUGUGUUUUAUCUGAUAUCGCACUUUACUCACUCUUCCACGAUGUAUUGCCAUGUGACUGUUGGUCAUUUAUUAGUCUAGUUUAGGAUAAUGAUAAUUUUUGUGAACAGCCUAUUUAGUUUGUAUAUAAAAUGUGCACAUUUUUAUGAUUCCUGAUCUUGAUGAUUUUGAAUACUAGUAUACUAAAUAUGUUUCGAAAUACACACUCCGUUAUGAGGACAGUCAGUCCUCAUAAAUGGUGUUACCUCUUCAUCUAGGCCACUGGUCUGCGGCGUCCCCCAGGGCUCUGUUGGAGGGCCCACUUUGUUUUCCAUUUAUUUGACAGGGCUUCAAGAUAUUUUUAAACGUCACUCUGUUCACUAUCACUUGUAUGCAGAUGAUAUUAAGAUUUUUGUAUCGUUUUCACCCAAUCAAACUAGUGCCACACAAGCCCUGUGUAAUCUUGAAAUAUGCAUAAUGAACAUUGACACUUGGUUGAAGUUAAACUCGUUACUUUUGAACCAUAGUAAAUGUGAGUUUUUAGUUUUUUGCUCAAAGUUUCAACUUAACAAAUUCAACAUUGAUUCCAUUUCUUUCUCAGGCAAUGACAUCCCCUCGUCAAAAACAUGUCGCAAUCUUGGAGUUAUCUUUGAUUCUCACAUGUCCAUGUCCAACCAGAUUACAAACAUUUGCAGACCAGUACGUUAUUAAUUGCGCAAUAUUGGUUUCAUAAGACAAUAUCUCACUCGCUCAGCAACAGAGAAACAGGUACAUUCACUCAUUUCUUCACGAUUCGAUUUUGGUAAUAGACUCCUUUACAACUUACCAGAUUCUCAACUUGGAAAAUUGCAAAGGUUGCAAAAUGCAGCUGCGCGUAUUGUAACUCUAUUUAGCAAACGCAGCCACAUCACCCCAAUAUUGAAAACUCUUCACUGGUUGCCCCUGAAGGAACGCAUAGUCUUUAAAAUCCUUCUUUUUAUUUUUCAUCUAGUCAAUGGAACUUCCCCCAGUUACAAUAGGUCUUUGAUGCAUCAUUACCAACCCUCAAGAAAUUUACGAUCCUCAUCAUCUAAUCUCUUACAAAUUCCAGUUGCUAAGAAAUCAUGCGGGGAGCGGGCCUUUGCUCAUGCAGUGCCUAUUCUCUUCCACACAGUUUGAAAACCAAGACUUCAGUGACCACCUUCAAGGGCAACCUGAAAACAUACCUGUACAGAAGUGUUUUUUGAUAGACAUUGACUUAUUGUUCAGACAUGUGUUAUAUGUAAAUAGUUUUGUUGUUCUGCUCUAAAGCGCCUUGAGCAUCUAAUCAAGAUGGAAAGAGCGCUAUAUAAAUCUUAUGUAUUAUUAUUAUUAUAUAAUUUACAUACUGUAUAUUACAUCGAUUUUGUAUUUGUAUUAUAUAAUGAUAUUAUUAAUUGAUUUGUAUAUUCAAUUCAUUCAAUUCAAUUCGGUUUAUUAGAUAUAAAACAGAAUACAAUGCUGUAGUCCGAAGACUAAUUGUGCAAAGUUUACAUUGAAUGUUAUUUACAUUUGAAGAUUGUAUAUACACUUAAAAAAAUUAUUCACAUAUAAAUGAGAAACAGUUAGUUAAUUGAGUCAUGCAUAAGUGAGAUUUCACUAGAUAAUAGUACUGGUAUUAAGAUGUAUCUUCAUGAUAAACAAAAAUAGCAAAAAUCAUUGAAAAGCUGGAGAGCUCUCACACAGUGCAACCUGAGGCGCCACUUGCUUAAGUUUUAAUGUUCUGAAAAUUGAUGUAAAGCAAAUCAGAAGAAAUGAAUGUUUCAUUGAAUUGAAUUGAAUUGAAGUGCUAUAGUCAUAUAUAUCUUUCGAAUGCGUUCCAGUGGGUUCACUGACAUCUGAUUUUUUUUUUUAAUGUACAACAUGAAACCCAUGCAUUGUUUCAAAUUGAAAAUGAAGAAUGCUGUCAUCCGAACUUCGUUUGCUAGCGCAAAGAGAACCAGGAAUGCUCAGCAUAGUUCAACAUCACUUAUAAAAUGAUCCCCCCAAAAAAAAUAUAUAAAUAUGUUGAUUUUUCAGCUACUAGCGUUCAAACAAUUUUGGGUAGUUUGCGCCAAGCAUCCCUAAUUUGAAAACUUUUAUAUAACCACUUUUUGAUUAGCAGAGCCGCCGCCAGGGCAAUUCAAUUAAGAGAAAUAAUUAUACUUGCUUAUAUAGCGCUUAACACUUACUUUGUCAGAAGUCUCUAAGCGCUCUACAGUAUAUGCAGCAUAAUUACCCUGGCAUUAGCAGUGCAGCUGUUACGCGCGCUGCGUUUCAAGGAGAAAGGACGACUAAUAACAGUAAAAUCACAUGUUUAUAAAAUAAUGAUUAUUGUAUCAUGGAAUAAGAAUCCUCUCACUUCUUCCAUUUAAUUGUUUGUUCUAUUUCCAUUUCUUUUCUUUCUCGUUUUCACGACUUGACAAAAUAAAAGGGCGGUCACCUCAGCCACUUAUGAUAUCCGCUGACUCAAA